AUGGUUCUAAUUCACAGCAGCCAACGUAAUGCCCCCGAAAUGCGCAAGACAUUUGCUCCAUUCGCUAAGAAACAUUCUUACAUGAUCCUUUCCCCGCUAUUCCCCGUCGAGACGGGGGAUUUUCAAGAUACUGCAGGUUACAAGGUUCUGAAGUCUGGCGAAAUUCGGUAUGACCUGGUUCUACUUUCAAUGGUAGAAGAGGUCUACAUGCGUUAUACUGAGCUAGACGUUAAUCGCUUCCUUCUUUUUGGUUUUAGUGGUGGAGGCCAAUUUGUUCACAGAUUUGCAUAUUUGUAUACAGAGCGUCUAAAGGCAGUUGUUUGCGGUGCGCCUGGAUCGAAAACGUUUCCAGAUGAUACUAAGCCAUAUCCCCAGGGCGUGAAGGAUUUGGAAAGAGUGUUCGGAUUGCGAAUGCAAUGGAAACAACUAUGUACUGCUCCGACAUUAUUCAUUGUGGGAGAUGCACAUACCAGUAUUCUCUAUACUAAAGCACGUGGGAAGUGGAUUGAGGUAGCUGAAGAGGGUCGGUAUGGGGGGAUCGUUCGUCUUGAAGCAGCCUGGCGUACAGCUGGUGCUCGUUGCAAAUUAAACGUUGUACCUGGGGUAUCCCAUGAGAUGAAUAGAAUGAUGAAUUAUGCAGAGGCUUUUUUUGAGGAACAUCAGUAG